AUAUAUUCAGAAGCAGAGAUCUUGGAAGUUUUGGAAAUCUGUAGGCUGGCCAACGACACCUCCCAAGCCUCCUCUUUGUUGGAUCGUGAUGUCGGGGAGUCAGGGCACUGUCUGUCGUCCGGAGAGAGGCAACUUGUUUGUCUGGCUAGAAUAAUACUUGCAAAUCGUGCAAAAAGGCUUAGAAAGCCCCGCCAGUGUAGUAUAUUAAAACAAGCUUCUCCUGACCAAGGCAACAUACUUGCCGAACAGCCAACCAGCUACCAAGGGUUUCCUAUCCCCGAUGUCUCGCCAAUCUGGUUGGAUGACCAAGGGAUUCAACCAGCUACAAAGGAUAUGCCAUCUUGUGUACGCGCGGUCGAUUCUUAUGAACAACAGGAUCAGGCAAUAUGCCUUUCAGAGUUGACUGAGCCAGCAAUUAUUUGUCUGGACGAGGUGACGUCUUCGGUUGAUGAGGAAAAAGAAAAGUUUAUAUAUGAAAUUUUAGAUCGAGAAUUUCGGGGCUCCACAAUACUGUUUAUUGCCCAUAGACUUUCUUCAGUUCUGCAAUUUUGCAAUCAGGCUAUCGUUAUGGAUGCUGGCAAAGUCGUGGAAACCGGGCUGCCAUCUCUACUAGUUGCUGAUCCGGAAUCUGUCUUCAGCCGCAUGCUCCUCGAACACACCAGUCUUACCUCUCUUCUCGGCUCAUCUGUUCUGUAA